UAAUUCGUGUCGUUGUCACACAAAUAUUUAGAGCUUGCCGUAUAAAAAAAGGACGUCAGAGCAAACGGCAUACGAUUCGCAGGCGCGCGCGCCGGGAAAAUCAUUCUAACGUAUCGAGCGCUCGAGUCGAACGUCGGUCAAUCGGGAAGUGUCAUCUCAAGCAAUUAUUUACCACGAUGUAUAUACGAACAAUAUAUUCGAAAAAAAUUGUGCCUGUGUAUCAAUAAUCAUCUUCAAUGAAGACCUUAUUAACAUGUGGUACAAAAAGAAGCGUGUUUGUCAGGAAAACCUCAGUUCACCCCCAAAUCGUUUGAUAGAGACAUUGGACAUUUUGAGAUUCCUGUUAUUGCAAUCGUUAAUUCCUUUACAAGGGACCAUAUGGAUUAUGAAACGUUUGUGAUAUUUUGUGACAUAUUUUAAGACAGCUGUGAUACGAUAGUGUUGUGUGAAAGAUAUUUUUGAUUUUGAAGAGAAUUUUUAAAAGAAACUAGUCAAGAUGAUGUCCAAAAAGCAGCUGACUUGCAUGCUUGCGCUGCAUAUAAUGUAUUUAUUGGUGGGAGCUAGUAUAUUCUACCAUAUAGAGAGCCCUCUUGAAGUGAAGCAAAGGGCUGAAGACAAGCUAGAAAGGCUUGAGAUUCAAAACUUGUUAUACGAAAACUACAUUCCUGAUGAUCCAGAGAAACAAGACACGAUUCUCCGCAAGUUGUCGGACUACUGCGGCAAAUCUAUGUUCAACUAUACCACGGAGGAUGCUGAGCCGCCCUUCAAGUGGGACUUCUAUCAUUCCUUCUUCUUCUCUUAUACGGUCGUCAGUACUAUCGGUUACGGUAAUUUGGCGCCUACAACUCAUUUGGGAAGAAUCCUGAUGAUAUUCUAUGGGUUGUUCGGCAUACCUAUUAACGGUAUCUUACUCGCAAACCUUGGUGAAUACUUCGGCAUGCAGUUAAUAUCAGUCUACCGAAAAUACAAGAGAAGAAAUGAGAAGCGUGCUCAUAACUUGGGCUACUACUUCACCAACCUCGGCAUGUUGGGCCAGAUCUUCUUGUACCUGGUUCCUGGCUUCUUAUUCUUUAUAUUCUUGCCCGCCUGUAUCUUCGUGGUCUUCGAAGGAUGGGAUUACGUCGCUGCUAUAUACUAUGCCUUCGUCACUUUAACUACUAUUGGUUUCGGUGAUUUAGUUGCUGGUACGGUGAACAAUGGCUUCAAAUACGGCUACUUCUGCACUUACCAGAUAUUCCUCAUCAUCUGGAUCACCUUCGGUCUUGGCUACAUCGUCAUGCUGCUUGGUUUCAUAACCAGUGGCAUGAGGUCUGAGAGAAUCCAUAGGAUAGAACAGAAAUUUGCUUGCCAGUUCAAGAAUACCCAAAACAAAAUUCUUCAAGGAUUCACGAAGGAUUUAUCGGCUCUUAGAAAGAUUAUUAAUGAAGCCAAUCUUAUUAAAAUUAAGCCGGUGUAUGUUGAAACCUUGCCGCCUCUCUACAGAAGUGCCAGCUGUCCCAUUUUCACCUACGACGUUGAACCAAGAGGCAUUAUUUACAAGAGAAAACGAGCUAAUUCUGAAAAUAUCACAUUGUCUGCAAAGGAUAUGCUUCGGAUUCAAUCAGAUACUGAUUUACUUGGAAUCGAUAAAGAAAAGACAUUCACUGCCUCAGCUAUUGUUAAACCAGCUGAACUUCUCGCACGUGUAGUUAAUGUACUAGGAGGUUUGGAACAAGCUCAAAAAGAUCGUGUGGAUAAAGGUGUGCAUCUAUUUGACGAUGAACAAAUUUUAGCUAAUGAAAGGCCACCUAAGUUUAGUAUAGGCCAAGACUAUUUACCAAAUAAUCCAAAAAGAACCAGAGCGUUGAGUGUAGCUGUGCCAAAUUAUAAGAAAGAAUACAUCCCUCAAGAUGUUCACGAGCACACUUGGACUAACGGAGAAUCAGCUGAAAAGUUCAGAAGGGAAGCUAACAUUAGAAGUGGUAAGUUAUCACUGCCAUCUAAAGUUUACCCAGAAGAUAUUGCUCCGUCACAGAAUAUAAUAACAAGAUUCUUCUCAAGAAAACCUAGUGGAGGCGAUAGCCCCACUUCUCAAGCGAUUAACGAAAAUAUCAAAGAUAAAGCAGAAGCUUACAAAGAGAUAACAAAAAGAGGCCGUCACAGUAUUUUCCCGAGUUUCGACUUUAAUGGUGAAGAUGAAGAUUGUGGAGCCAUGUCUUAUAUAGAGAAAACAAAUCGUGGACGUCAUAGCAUUUUCCCAACUUUUGAUUUCUCUGAAGAUGAAGAUGCAGCAGCGGUGAGAGCAUAUCGACAAAAAAGUAAAAGACAUAGCAUAUUCCCUACAUUUGACUUCAGUGAGGAUGAGGACGCAAAGGCCUACAAAGAAAGAACCAGAUCUGGUCGACAUAGUAUAUUCCCUACAUUCGACUUCAGUGAUCCCGAUGAUGAUGCAGAACGGUACAAAGAAAGUACGAAACGAGGAAGACGAAGUAUUUUUCCGAAGUUUAAUUUCAGCGGUCUUACAAGCAACGAUGAAGAUACUGUAGAUGAAGACGAAGUACAAAAAUACCAAAACCGAACGAAAAAAGGACGGCUCAGUUUAUUUCCUUCUUUUGGAAGAUCUAAGAAAAAUGAUGACGAUGUCAUGCCGGAGAGCUCUGAUGAACUGGUUGAUUAUAAAAACAAAACUCGUACAGGACGCGGCAGCUUAUUCCCUUCAUUUGGAGCUUCUCGUAAGAAUAGCUCACCUAGUGGAGGUCCAGAUGAUCUAGAAGCUACCAUAAAACAAUUCAAUAGUCAAAAAAGACAGGGACGUAAUCGGUCUCUUGAAGAACCUGGUCAAUUCUCAAGUGAUUUGGAACGUUACAGAAACAGGACGAGGCACGGUCGGCCAAGUUUGUUUGAUCCCGAUGUUAAUAUAACUAGUCUUCCAGAAGCGGAACAAGUAGAAGUCUUAGAGAAUACAAGUGUAGCUGAUCUACUGAGAGCAUUAGCAGUUUUAGAAACUGCUGCAGGUUCAUCUAAUGAUCCGCCGGGAUUAUUAGACUUUAUAACGGAACCAAGCGCAGUUACGUCCAGAAGGCGUGGUUCAAUUAGGCCUGAUUUCUCUAUACCUACACCACCAAGUAGGGAUAGCCUUGAAGAGAAUAAACCAAAGCGUGCAGAUGAUUCAGGGCCUCGACGGAGACGAGUGUCUGCAAGGGCUGCGGCUCCGCAAUUCACACCAACGCUAGCAACUGUAGUUGCCGGGGCAGAGCUGCAACUACCGACUGCGACUGCUGCAAGAGAAUGUCGUAUGUCAAUGCUGCAGCAACCACCACCUCCGUACUCAGAGACUGCUUUGGAAGAAGAGGCACCUAAACCUCGGAUGAGGAGAUACUCCCCUGCUCCAGUAGACGCUGGACGAUCAAGUACAGGGCCCGUACCUAGACUCUUCUCUCGCAUACGAAGAGAGAGUGCUAAUGCAGAAGAAGGAGAUUCCAGACGUUGUAGUCUAACAGAUGUAGUUGUAGACAACUUUAAAGACAAAGACAAUACGUAACCCAAGUGCCUUUUUAGGGAAUUCUAGACAAUAACUAUUUAAUAAUUUAUUUGAUUUAAGUUAGGUUUAAGUAAGUGAUGAAUAUAAGCCGUCCAAUACGAAAAA